AAAGGGGACCCGGAACUUCUAGCUAGCCAAAAAGGCACCACGAUUACAAUAGCUGGACUCGAAGCGUGCCGUCGUGAGUUCCUCUUCUGGUAUCCUGUUGAUCUUCGUGCCAGUGGCAAGGAUCUCAUUCAAAAUCAUCUUACCUACAGUCUCUUCAUCCAUACGGCUAUUUGGCCAACGCUACCGGAGCAGUUCUGGCCGCAUACUUUCAUCGCCAACGGACACUUGAUGCUUAACUCGUCUAAGGUCUGA